AUGUCGUCGGACGAUAAAGACGUCGACCCAUCCGAGUUUGUAGAGCGUAUCCGGCGCUUGGGCGACCAGCGAGAUCAAGAGGACGCCGAGCGCGUCAAGAAAUUGGAAGAAGAGCUCAUCCAGGGCCGCAGCGAGAGACUAGCGCGACGAGCAGAACGAGCCCGCUCAAUUUCCCCCGACAAGCCAUACACUCCCCAGUCGCCCCGUUCCGUCGUUGGCACUCCCCAGGCCAUACAGGAGAAGGCUGCCACGACACCCACACCCACCAUGAGCCCGCCAGCACGCGAUGCCGCCCGCGAUGAUUCGCUGCACCAGCUCACCAGCUCCCCGCCCCCGCGGCCCACGUCAACAUCGACAACAAUGACCCUCGAAGACAUGGAGCCUAAGAAGCCCGCCACCAACGCUGCCGCUCUGGGAAGGUCAGGCACCUUGUCGUGGAAGCAACGCCCACAGUCGGGGAGCAUACGGCGCCCGCUCUCAGUGGCAUCGCGGUCCCCCGAGCGCCCGUCUUCCAGCAACACCCCCGAACCUUCCGAGCCCGAGCCUGAGCCCAGCAUGUCAAGAAGCUCCAUUGCAGCCUCGCUAGGCGCUAAGGAUCCUGCUUUCUUUCGUCAGACAGCUGAUAUUGGAAGGGGAUCGGCAGCCUUCAGGAAGAACCAAGAUGACACUGCUUCAGAAACCGGGUCAGUGUCGGGUCGGAGGCAGUUGGCCGGCAUGUCGCGCGACUCGACCGUGGAGCAAGACAUUGGCAGCCCGCCGGCAGAGAGCGCGCGCUCGAGCUCACCGGGCUCACGAGGUGGUUCCGUCCGCGGCAGCACCGUAAUGAGCAAUCGUUUUUCCACCAGCACAUCGAUUUCGGGCGGCGAUUCGGAUUCGGUAGUAAAAGGCAAAACGCCCCUGCCUGUGUUGGAUUCGCAAAAGUUUGCUCCGCCCUCUGAGCAGGGCUCUUCAGUUGAUGGUGGAGACACUGAGCGUGCAGCCCGCGCGCUCGCCAUGUCACCUACCCAAGGGAGAAUUUCGCCAGAGCGUGAGCGCUCGACAUCACCAACAAAGGGCAUGGGUGGCUUUGUGCAGAGUGCCAUGCUCAAACGUAGUGAUAGCGUGAGCAAGCGUUGGAGCACGCAAACACCCCCCGGCUUGAGCAGGCAAAACUCUACCUUGAGUAAUCGUGGAAGUGUCUAUGGCUCACUCUCAAACAUUGACCGGCCAGUUUUGUCUAGGGACAAUUCCAUAGAGCCAACCCGCCCUACAUCGAGUCGCAGCAAUGCAACCAUCACUGGUGCAGAAAAGGACAGCGCGCCCAAGGAUGAGUUUGUCAAGCCAUCAUUGCCCCGUCACAGCAGAGCCAAAUCAGUCGCAUCAACCUUCAGCGCAACUUUCAGCGACAAGGAUGCCUCGCAGGACGAAAACUCUCCUGCGAGUCCUUCGAAGCGAUGGAGUCCCACAAAAUCAAGUUGGUUGGAGAGUGCGUUGAGUAGACCAGAAUCUCCAAAGCCAAAGCAAGCCCCUCCAGCUCAACCUGCGUGGAUGGCUGAGAUCAACCGCAUCAAACAACAGCGUAGUAGUGUUGACCUGGGCAGAGGCAGCCCUUUCGGUGAAUCUUCCGGCUCUGGCCGGACAUCACCAAUCAAGGACAUAGUACAACUUAAGCCCGUUGGUCUGCGUCGGUCCGAGUCUCCCAAGAAAGAGGAGCCAAGUGUGUCCAGUAAAAUGGAAACACUCAAAGAGCAAUCUCCGAGCUCUGCGUCAGCGUCAGUGCCGAAGCCUCUUUUCGCCAAAAAGGAAGAGCCCAAACCCUCAGAAGAAGCAAAACCCUUGGAAGAGCCCACAGCCUCAAAAGACUCAAAAGACGUCCCGGAAAAAAGUCUCGAUGAUGCACCUACAUCUGUUGUCCCAUCAGCGACCGAUGAACCUGCUUCGGUGGACGCCAAGCCUGUAGCUUCAAGGUUCGCCGCAGAUACUGGCCGCAGUGUUUCGCCUGCAAAAACAGAUACGACGCCAAAGACGGAUUUCCGUGCGGGGCUCAAGUCACGUCAGCCUGCAUCUGAUAGCUCGAAGAAGGACGAAGUUAACGAAUUUCAAAAUGUCUUUGGUAGGUUGAGAAAAGCAGAGACAAAGAAUUACGUUGCCCCAGAUAUCCUCAAAGAAAACAUCACAAGAGGCAAAGGUGCUCUGAACAUAACCGGAGGCCCUAAGCCUUCGGUCCGAAAGGAUGAAUUCAGGGAGAGCCUCAUCAAGAGGAAAUCAACCAUCUUUGAUAAAGCCCAAGAAGAGGGAUCUGUGUUGAAGAAGUCGGAGAGCUCGAGACCUUCCGCUCCUGUCCCGGAAGCUAUCGCCAAGCAGAAAGGAUUGCAACGCAGAGAUAGUGAAGCCAGAGCUCCGGCACCACCUAAAGAGAAGGAGCCCAUGCCGGAAGCUCUCGCUAGAAGGAAGAGUCUUGGAGUUGUUCGGUCUAUGCCAGAUACUAAGUCUGCUCAGUCUGCUCAGUCUGCGCAGCCUGCGCCUUUGUUUGCCAAGAAAGAGCCAGCCAUGUCUGGCAAGCUUGCGAAUCGUUUCAACCCUGCGUUAGCCGGUAUGCUCGCUCGAGGCCCGCCUUCUCAAGCGACCGACAAAUCUACAUCAAGUGCUGAGGUAGAUGGGUCAACUGCCAGGCCGGCGCAAGAGAGAAACACCGAACCUGCACCAGAACUGCAACAUAUGACUAAAGGUCGCGCCCGUGGACCUAAGCGAAGGGCACCCGCCUCAAAAAAGGCUGCUAUUGAGUCGGAACAGGCUCAAGAGGAAGUGCCUACUGCUGCUGCUGCUGCUCUGCCUUUGGUGAAUUCCGAGCCUGUCCUCUCUAGCUCUGAGCCUCCUAAGACUAACGGAAAACCAGAGCAGCGACCAGUAGCGAGGACGCCUGCCAGGCAGUCAGCGACCGAAAAGCCUGUUCCACCAGCCAAGUCACCACGGGUAUCUUCUGGAAACUUUGGAAAAUCCCCUACCCCUGAGCUCCCGAAGAAGCCAGAGAGGAUAUCCGGAUCUCAAACGACGCCCAAAGCCUCGCCUAGACCAGAAUCUAUCAUUUCAUCCAAGCCUUCAUCACCAGUCAUUCCCAAGAAACCUGCAUCUUUGGAAGCGGAGAGGCGGGUUUCUGGAUCACAAAACACCCCAACACAAAAGUCCCCAUUACCAACACAGGUUGAAUCACCAAAGUUAGCGUCAUCCUCUCCAUCUCCAUCUCCUCAUUCUCGAUUUUCGCGACCGUUGCCUACAUUGCCUCCCAAGUCAACAACAGAGAGUCCCAAGUCGACACCACUCAAGAAAAUCUCAACCCCCAACGUUGAGAUUUCACACGCUGAUGAUUCAUCGCCUGAAAAGACAACGUUUUCAUCAGUCAAGAGUGCUAGCGCUUUGUGGGGCAGAUCAUCUGCAUCUUCAUCACCUGUGCCAACGGGAGCUAAGUCACCCAUUAAACUUCCUACACAAGCAGAUGAACAAGCUGCGAUGAAGGAUGCUGGUCUAAUUCGCUCUGAGGUGAACUCGAAGGCUCUACCCGGCCUCCCUCAAGCUGACCCUCAAUCUCCUGAUGAAGCGAAGGCACUGCCUCCAAAGCCAAAGCCUGUGGGGCUAGGUUUCAGCCUGGGAAGCUUAGGUGGACUGGUCGCAUCUCGGUCACGAGAAUCACUCUCUCAGCUGCCCAAGAGUACACCAAUGUCACCACCAGGAAGUGCAAACAGGCCAUUUUCUGAGCCUCCCGUCACGUCGCCAACCCCAAAGAAGAGUGAUGGCAUGUUUGCAGACUUCUUUGACGAAGACCCAGUAACAGAGGGCCAGCUACCAGAGCAUAUCGACACAAUGCACAUUCUCAAGUCGCCGCCAUUUGACUUGGGCCCCACAGGCAAGAUCCGCACUGUACGCAAGCAGAUAGACGAAGUGACGAGCGAUGGAAAGCUUUUGCCUAUUCCAGUGCAAGAGGAGCAUAUCUUGUUCCAAGAGUCAAUGUAUUUAUGUACACAUAUCUACGAAGAUUCCAAGGGAACCAGAAAUACCGACGUCUACCUAUGGGCAGGCAAUGGGGUACCAGAGCCUACAAUAGAAGAUGUGCAGAUAUUUGCGAAGAGCCACGCACGUCAGAGCCAAGGACGGUUGUUGGUCAUUCGGCAAGGACAGGAGACCCCAAACUUUUUCGAAGCUCUAGGUGGCAUUGUCAUCACCAGGCGUAGUGUGAAGCCCGGAUCAAAAGAGUUUAUGCUAUGCGGUCGUCGUCAUAUUGGGCACCUCGCAUUUGAUGAAGUGGACUUCUCACUCAAGAGUCUCUGCUCGGCGUUCCCUUACUUGAUCUCCACUGCCACAGGUAAAGUCUAUCUGUGGAAGGGCCGUGGAUGCUCCGCUGAGGAGCUGUCUGGUGCACGUCUGAUGGGUAUGGACCUAGCACCUACUGGCGAUUACAACGAAAUCGAUGAGGGAGCCGAACCCAAUGAUUUUCUUAACAAAACCUUCCCACCCUCGCCAGUGCCUUCGAAAGGCCCUGCCAUCCCUCGCUCGGCAGACCAUUGGCGCUACAAAGCCACCUGCGACAAAUAUCGGGCGCGUCUCUACAAGAUCGAACAAACCAUCAGCCAACAGGCAGGCUGGGGCCAAGCACUCCAGGUGAGCAGCUCUUUUUUCGCGCCGCUGCUACGAAGACCAUCUUGGAACGCUGCUGAACAAAGGCCACAGACGCCACUCACGCCCAAGUCGCCUCAGGGUACUAUCAAGACGGAGAUCAAAGAGAUCAUGCCUUUCUCGCAGAGAGACCUGGAGCCGGAGAAUAUCUAUGUACUUGAUGCCUUCUUUGAGAUGUACAUUAUUGUUGGCCCCUUGUCCCGCACCCAAGCGCCUGCGUUCUCCACUGCUCUCAUGUUUGCGCAAGCGUAUGGUAUGCUUGCUGUCUCAGAAGAAGACCGUCCAUUCAUGCCCGUCACGACGGUUGUACUAGAAGGUGUUCCUCGCGAUAUGAAGGUUCUGUUCCGUCACUGGGACGACAAACUUAUUCCCGCAGCGGGUCUUAUGAGCGGAAAGCUCGGGAGGGGGAAGAGCUUGAGGAUUGUCGGUUUGGAGAAGGCUAUCGAGGGUACGCGGCGAUAA